AUGUUCGUCGGCGCUGCAGUUGGAAGCCUCGGCAGACAUACCCGAGUCACGCCGGACGGCAUGCCGAUUUUCGAUGGCCGCAUGGAAGUCUUCUUUAAAAUCAUCUACAUCUCGCAACUGACGCAGACGGUCACAUUUGGACUUACAAAGAUUGCCGUGGUUCUCUUCUAUCGAAGAAUCUUCGUACCGAGGACAUUUUCCAUCAUCUCGCUGGUCAUGAUUGGUCUAAACAUUACAUGGACCAUCGCAUUCUUUGCAGCCAAUCUGCUACAGUGCUGGCCAAUCUCCGGAAAUUGGACUGGUUUGGACGCUGCUCCUGGCACUUGCAUCGAUACGACCAUGAUGUACUUGGCGCAGGCUUGGUCUGAUGUCUUUACCGACAUUGUGAUCCUUUCGAUGCCAAUACCCUGGAUCUGGAGACUUCAGAUGGCUCCGAUGCGAAAGUUCUUCGUGGUCCUCAUGUUGCAACUAGGGGCACUUGUUGUUUGCGCCGGGGUUGCAAAGCUGGUGGUCUUCCACAGAAUCACUUAUGAUACCGCCGUAGGAGACGAAGAUCUGACAUAUCUACUCACGCCAACCGUAUACUGGCCCAUGGUCGAAUCCUCACUAGGCAUUGUAGGCGCCUGCCUCCCUUUGCUCCGGCCCGUCUUCACUGAUUCUCCCGCCAAAAGUAUAUUCUCAAGUCUACGAGCCAUGAUAUCGCUCUCGUCCCUUCGCAGCAAUGAUGCUAGGAAGCCAUCUGGGGACUAUGAUAAAUUAGAGGCUGGAAAUGUUGGCGCUUCUCAAAACAGUCUUGUCGACGGAGCGCAGGUGGUGUAA